UUUCAAACACAGAAGUGAGGUUAGGUGCAUGUUUUUUACCAGGAAUGAUAAUCGACGGGUGAAAAGCACAAAAAUUGAUAUUUUGACCAAAACCCAGAUCAACUGCGUUAAAACUAAUUUGUGGUAGCGAAAGACGCAACACCUCGAAAGUUCUGCUAGGAAAAUUUAUUUUCCGCGAUGGUGAAAAUCGGGCUUCAAAUUAAAGCCAGUUUGGAGCACGUCGAAGAAUUGUACACGAGCCACCCCAAUUAUACUUUUUUGUUGAAACUAAAGUGUCUCAAUUGUGGCGAGACGUCCGAUAAGUGGCACGGCGUCACCGAGUCGGAAACUUUUCCCACGAAAAUCGGAAAAUCCGAGACUCACUAUUCGGCCAAGUGUAAGCUGUGUGGGAGGGACAAUAGUCUUGAUAUUAUCGAAGGGAGCAACGGUAAAUACACGAGCGAGGACCAGGAGAAAUUUCAAACCAUCGUGGUUUUUGACUGCCGGGGGAUCGAGCCCGUGGAUUUCUCCCCCAGCGACGGUUGGAUCGCCAAAAUCGAACAAAGCGGCAAAAUUUUCGCCGACGUAGACCUCAACGAGAAGGAAUGGGUAGAGUAUGACGACAAAAUCAAAGAGUCUGUAGGCGUCUACGAUCUACAGUCGAAUUUUAUUAAGAUUAAAUAAAAUAUGUAUAAUAGAA